ACCACCUUCCGUUUGCUGACCUCCCCUCUCUGUCGUCCCCAAAGGCAGAACAAGUCCCGGUAGACUGCUGUUUUGUCUACUGUGCCCUUCUCAAUACGCCAGCAUCACCCCCCUUCCAUUUUCUUUUUUCGAUACAAUUCCACCCGUACAUGCCCCCAUGGGCGCUUUUGUUGAUCUCCCGAGAGAACUUCUCUUAUCCAUCGCAACAUUUCUGAAGUACUCAUGGGAUCUCAAUGCACUCUCUCGUGUCAAUCACUGUUUUCACGAUCUUCUCAACCCAUACCUCUACCGACACAAGCAGCAGUACUCGCCCUCGUCAACCCUUCUCUGGGCAGCAGAACAUGGAUUACAAUCGAUCAUACUCAAGCUCCUAGGUCAGGAUCAAGGGAUUACAGGCAAUGGUCAGGAUUCGACGUGGAAAAGCGCUGUAAAGCUAGCAGCCAAGCAUGGACAUACGCCCAUUGUGGAAUUGCUCCUCGAUGCACGUCCUCACCCUAAUUUGGGCAAGGAUCUUUCUGCCCUGUCUGAUCAUCUGGAUUAUUUGCUGUGGGUAGCGGCAAAAGAGGGCCAUGAGGCUUUGGUCCAAGUUCUGCUAAAACGCGGGGCGAAUCCAACGACCGCUCUCCCGCUGGAGCCAAAUUACCCCUAUCCCUGUCUCCCACAACAGUCCUCGUCCGUCGCUGUCGCCCAAGGCCAUCUGUCUGUCGUUAAGGCCAUUAUAUCCUCUAUGGGCACUUCUGAAACUCUUUGUGAUUCCUUUUUCCUCGAAGAUCUGUUGCUCCUGGCAGCCAGCAAAGGUCAAUCGAGUAUUUUACGCUACCUGCUCGAGAAAGGAGCCAGUCCAUGCUUGCGCGACUCGAACGGAAACCACAUCAUGUGGCACGCCGCUGGGUAUUGUUUCGAGCACGUCAUAGCAUGUUUACUUGAACAUGGCGAUGACCCAAACCCAUCACCAUCUCCCAGGGGAAGUUCGGCGGUCAAAUUCGCCCUUCAAGGCGGAAAGAUACCCGCCGUUAGGGUGCUCCUAUCUAAGACGUUUGAGGGUGACUCCAUUCCGGAGAGCCACCGAGAGCCCGAGUUUCUCUGUGCAGCUGCUGCCUGCGGGUCAACCGAUGUGAUGGAGACACUACUUCGAAGCGGGGCAGAUCCGAACGCAGCUGUCGAAGAUCACAGAGGAAUGAGAACUUUCAAGCCCGAGCCUAAUUGUACGGCCCUUAGGUGGGCUAUAGGGUAUAACCAUGAAAGCGCCAUCAGACUGCUUCUCGAUGCUGGGGCCAAACCAACGCCGCAGGCUCUCAUCGACGCUCUCCGAAACAGUUCAGUAUCCAUCGUGGAACUGCUACUGGAAUCGGGGUUUGACCCGAAUGAAUUCCUGGAGAAUAUUGGUCGGCAUCUGUCUGUAGCACGCAUGAACGAAUCCCUGGUCAGGCUGUUAUUCGAGAGGAGUCCAGACCCCAAGAUCAAGACUCGCCGCCAUACCUUGACAAUGAUCGAAGCACUCCAGGCCGGGCAGCCGGACCGGGUCCAGCUGAUUCUAGACCGGGGUCAACGACGGGAGCUUCCGGAGGAUUAUCCAUCACCAAGUGAUCUGCUGGAUGCCGCCACUUUGGGGGGUCUCCCGACGCUCGAAUUACUCUUCAAAAACGGAUACAAGGUGGUACGGGAACAGGGUGAUUGUCAUGCGGUGCUCACUGCAAUCCAGAGGCACAAUCCAGAGGCACUGGAGUUACUCCUCCAAAAGAACAUCGGCCUUCCACCAUCGCAGCCUCUCGCCUCUACCGUGGAUAGCAUGUUGAGAAACCUUUACCCAAACCCGCCAUUCUUCUCCCACGGCACCCGUGAAUCGGCGCAAGCUAUUCUGGACCUGCUGCUAAGCCACGGCUUUGAUAUUGACUCCAGGCCCGGAAAGUCUCUCGGUAAAGAUGGACAGACUUGUUUGUGGACUGCUAUCGAAGGACGGGAUCCAGUGGUCACAUGCAUACUGUUAGACCGCGGCGCCAAUCCCAUGCUUCCGGGUGAAAAUGAUGAGAUGCCCCUGUCGGCCGCCGUGCGACUGGGCUUUGCCCAAGGGGUAAGAAUGAUACUUGAAUGGUUUGACACGGGCAACUAUGGUAGCAUUACACGUUCAGACUGGGUUGCGCUGCUCUCCAGGGCCAUGUUUCAAGCCCAAUCCAAGAAAUCAUGGAAAAUCGUUAGGAGUCUUGAGCGGUUUAUCUAUAGUCACGGAUUGCACUUUUCGGUCUCGGUUGAAGUCGCGAAGCUCGCCGCGGAGCAAACCGCAAAGGACCUCGCAGAAGCCGAGGCUGCAAAGUCCCAACCCCCAUUUCGACCUGGUCAGCGGCUUUAUCGUCAGGGUCGAAACGAUCCGUGGAGGCCUGUGCCCAGAUACGGUGAUGCAGGCCAUUACGAUAUGAUCAGACCAAUUCAGUUCAAACAAGUGCCACUCUUGGGGGGUAUGCCCUGGGUUCGGUUGGGCCUGGAAUGACGAGGCUGUAUAAAGCAUAGGGAGAGAGUCGGUUGGCGACGUAGGUAGGCCUGGGAAUUCGCGUGCGAGGUGGAGUGAG